ACUGUUUGUUUCACGCUUAGCGUAUCCACUCGUUAGGGAUAAAAAUGGCAGUUUGCACCAUUCCUGAGUUCUACAAAAACCGACACGUUUUCGUCACUGGAGCGAGUGGAUUCUUAGGGAAAGUGCUUAUAGAGAAGUUGCUGAGGUCUUGCCCGGAGAUUGGCAACAUCUAUAUCCUCGUCAGACCUAAAAAGGGGAAGACCCUGCACGAACGCGUGAGUCAGAUCACGAACACCCCUCUAUUCGAUAUAAUAAAGCAACAAAAUCCAGAUGCCAUUAAGAAACUGGUGCCUCUAAAUGGUGACGCUAGACAAUUGGAUUUAGGGCUCUCUGAAACAGAUAAACAACUGAUCAUAGAUCAGGUCUCGCUGAUUUUUCACGCUGCCGCCUCAGUACGAUUCGACGACUCCUUGAAAGAGGCCACCUUGAUCAACGUAAAAAGCGCCCUCGAGAUCUCUAAGAUUGCUCUGGAAGUCAAAAAUCUCGUAGUGUUCCAACACGUCUCGACCACGUACUGCAACAUAGAUAAAAAGGUUGUGGAAGAAGUCUUAUACCCUUCGUGUGGUCACUGGAAGGAACUGCUAACGCUGGUCGAAAAAUGCGACGAAAAAACGUUAGAAACAUUAACGCCAAAAUAUAUAGAUCCCUUUCCGAACACAUACACCUUUGCCAAACUAUUGGCUGAGCAUGUUAUUAACGAUGUCCUCGCGGAGAAAGUACCGACGGUAAUAUUUAGACCAUCAGUAGUGAUAUCUGCUGUAUCCGAACCUGUCCGAGGUUGGAUAGAUUCGUUUAACGGACCGUGUGGUCUUUUGGUUGCUGGGGGUAAGGGCAUAUUGAGAAUUGUAUACGGCGACAGAUCGGUUAAUACGGAUUAUGUUUCCGUCGACAACACCGUGAAGUUGAUGGUAGCUGCCACGUGGGAAAAACAUGUUCUACAAAAAAAAAACACCCUAACAGUCUCUAUCUACAACGGAAGCAAAUAUAAUUUGAUGCCGGUAGAGCUGGGUGAAAUAGUGGACAUGGGCAAACAAUUAUAUUGGGAUGUUCCGUUCGAGACCAAACUUUGGUUUCCCAGAAACAAAAUGACGAAAUGCUGGUACGAGUAUUAUUUUAAUGUUCUGCUGUUUCAUUUGCUUCCGGCCAUGUUAAUAGAUACAUUGUUAAAGAUAAUAGGACAUAAACCUAUAUUAUUCAAGAUCCAACGUAAGAUUUACAUCGCAAACAUGGCCGUUUCGCAUUUCAUGCUGAACGAAUGGGAAUUCGUCAACACGAAUUCGAUGGCGCUUAAUAAAAAAAUUCUAGACGUCGACGAAGAAGCCUUUACUAUUUGCCUUCCCAAGGAUCCCAAAGCUAUGUCUACUUUACCGACAAUCCCAGAAUAUUACGAAAACAGGGACGUGUUUUUAACCGGUGGUACAGGGUUUAUAGGCAAAUGUCUCAUAGAGAAACUGUUGAGAUCUUGCCCCAACAUUGGACACAUUUACGUUCUAAUAAGGUCCAAAAAGGGAAUGUCCUUGAAGAAGAGAUUAGAUAAUUUACUUAGUUCCCCGUUAUUCGAAGUACUAAAAGAACAAAAUCCAGAUAUUUUUAAAAAACUAAUACCCGUUGCUGGAGAUGUGAAAUGCAUACGAUUGGGUUUAAGUACGGAGGAUUGGAACAUGCUCAAGGGACGCGUGUCGGUAAUAUUUCAUGCUGCAGCUUCCGUAAGAUUCGACGAUGAUUUAAGGGACGCGAUUUUAGUAAACGUGAGAAGCGCGAGAGAAAUCGCCCAACUCUCUCUUGAAAUAACGAACUUGGAAGCUUUGGUUCAUGUGUCGACAACAUAUUGUAACGUUGACAAAAAGACAAGUUACGAAAAGCUUUACCCGUCUCACGGAAACUGGAGAGAAGCGAUUACAUUGGCAGAAGAGUGCGACGAAAGACUAUUGGAGAUUUUGUCCCCCAAAUAUACCAAUCAAUUUCCGAAUACUUACACCUUUACUAAAUUACUAGCUGAACACGUCAUCAACGAUCUCUGCGUAGGAAAAGUGCCGACUGUUAUUUUUCGCCCUUCAAUAGUAUUACCGCCAUUGAAAGAACCUUAUAGAGGAUACGUAGACAAUUUCAAUGGACCCGUGGGGCUUUUAGUAGCGGGCGGUGCUGGAAUUUUGAGAAUUGUAUACGGCGAUACUGAAGUAGAAGCAGACUACGUUUGUGCUGACUCGAUUGUUAAAGCCAUAAUAGUUUCCGCUUGGGACAAAGCAGUCAGACAGUUAGUAUUCGAAUACAAACAAGCGAGCGACUUUGACAGUUUCUCUUUCUCGGACUUCCCUGAAAACGAGGAAGAACUUUACGAAUACUACAAAGAUUGCUGUAAUAACGCGAGAUGGUAUUUGCUAAGAGAAAGUCGCGUCAUUAAACCCGCAACCUAUAUCAAAACCAAGAGUUGCGGCCGGUAUAGCGGAAUGGCGGUUUCAACGAUACCCGAGUUUUACGCUAAUAAGGACGUGUUUAUCACGGGUGGAAGUGGAUUUGUGGGGAAGUGUUUGAUCGAAAAAUUGCUCAGGUCCUGCCCCGACGUAGGAAAUCUAUACCUUUUGUUAAGGUCCAAGAAAGGAAAACCGUUACUUGAACGAGUUGAAGAAUUGAUAAGUUCCCCACUUUUCCAAGUGUUAAUUGAACGCAAUCCCAAGGUAACAAAGAAAAUAAUCCCGUUAAGCGGCGAUGUAACGAAACCUAAUCUGGGGCUAAGCGAAAGGGAUAGAGAAUUGCUAAAGGAAAAAAUUUCGGUGUUUUUCCACGCGGCUGCCUCCGUCAGGUUUGACGACGGAUUAAAGGAUGCGAUGUUUGUAAAUGUCAGAAGCACGAGGGAUGUGGCAGCGUUGGCCCUUGAAAUGAAACAACUGAAGGUGUUGGUACACGUUUCCACCACGUUUUGCCAAAUCGAUAAAAAGAUAAUCGAAGAAAAACUGUACCCACCACACACAGACUGGAAAGAAGCCAUACGUCUUGCCGAAGAAUGCGACGAGAAUGUUUUAGAGAUUUUAACAACCAAGUAUACCAGUCCUUUUCCAAAUACCUAUACUUUUACAAAAUCUCUAGCAGAGCACGUCAUUAAUGACACGUGCGUGGGAAAAAUUCCGACAGUAAUUUAUCGACCUUCGAUAGUAAUACCUCCUCUAAAUGAACCGGUCAAAGGCUACGUUGAAAACUUCAACGGUCCAGUGGGUUUGCUAGUGGCAGGUGGGUCAGGGAUCCUUAGGGUUGGAUACGGCAACGGGGAUUCAAUCCCGGAUUACGUCACCGCCGACGUCACCGUUAAGUCUCUAAUUGUCGCUUCGUGGGCAAAAGGAACGAGUUCCGACAACAAGCGCGAAUUGAUGAUAAUCAAUGGAAGCAAGGACAAACUUCACUCCAUCAGACUGAACCAUUUCGCUGAAAUGGGCAAACGGUUGUACUGGGACAUUCCCUUUGAAAAUAAACUCUGGUUCCCUGGCAACAGGAUCACCAAGUGUUGGUACGACUAUUACGUCAGCGUCCUGAUCUUGCACAUGAUGCCGGCUGCGUUUGUGGACUUAAUUUUGAGACUGCUUCAUCGCAAGCCGCGAUUGUCAAAAAUGCAGCGAAAAAUUUACAUUUCCAACAUGGCGUUAGGGCCGUUCAUGCUGGGCGAGUGGGAAUUCCAAAACACACGGUUUCUCGAACUAAACUCCCGGCUAUCGAAAACGGACGAAGAAUCGUUUGCCUACGUACGUUUCCCGAAUUUAGAAGAAAUCUACGACUACUAUCGAGCGUGUUGCGACUAUAGUAGGUGGUACUUAUUAAAGGAGAGCAAGGAAAUAAAACCACAGACCCGUGUUUUCACGAAAAGGCUGUACCUUCUGGACCGAACGAUUCGAUUUGUUUUCGUUGUUUUAAUAGGAUGGUUACUUCUUCGAAAGAUGGACGUAGUUUAAAAUUUAUUAGUUUCAAUUUAUUUAAUUAAGUAACUUUUAUAGAUGUUGUAGUAAUGGACCUUGUGUUAUAUGUACACACAAA